AUGGUGACUCGUGAAGAAAUGCCUCGAGCCGAGGCAGACCAAGGGUUGUGCCUCGGGGAUUUUGACUAUGGCAACGUGCUCGGCAAGGCCAUUCUGUUCUUCGAAGGCCAGCGCUCGGGGAAGUUGCCGAGCCAGCGAGUCAAAUGGAGGGGAGACUCUGCACUAUUGGACGGCAGCCCUGAGAAUGUUAACUUGGUUGGAGGAUACUACGAUGCGGGCGACAACGUCAAGUUUGGUUGGCCGAUGGCAUUUGCUGUCACCCUGUUGAGUUGGACUGCUACAGAGAACCGAAGGGAGAUCUCGGCGACCAACCAGCUUCGGUAUUUGCGAAGUGCGAUCAAAUGGGGGACCGACUUCCUAUUACAAGCUCACACUUCGCCUACCACACUAUAUACGCAGGUGGGAGAUGGGAACUUGGAUCACCAAUGCUGGGAACGCCCCGAAGACAUGGACACGGCAAGGACGCUCUAUAAGAUCACCUCUAGUUCGCCAGGAACCGAAGCGGCAGCUGAAGCGGCUGCUGCUCUUUCUGCAGCUUCAAUUGUUUUUAAAUCGGUCAACUCCAACUACUCCAGACUGCUUCUGAGUAAAUCGAAAUCUCUAUUUGAAUUGGCAGACAAGUACAGAGGAUCUUACCAGGGCUCGUGCCCUUUCUACUGCUCUUACUCAGGCUACCAGGAUGAGCUUCUAUGGGCUAGUGUUUGGUUAUACAAGGCAAGUGGAGACAGCAACUACUUGAACUAUGUAUUGAGCAACCAGGGAUGGAGCCAGGCGGUUUCCGAAUUCAGCUGGGACAACAAAUUCGCUGGUGCACAAAUGCUCUUGGCCGAGGAGUUCCACCGUGGCAAGAGCAAUUUGGCCAAGUUCAACAAUGACGCCGUAUCGUUUGUGUGUGCCUUGAUGCCUGGAAGUAGCUCUGUCCAGAUCAAGACGACGCCCGGUGGUCUGCUGUAUACUCGGGACAGUUCGAAUCUGCAGUAUGCGAUGAGCGCAUCGAUGGUGCUCCUGAUACACUCGAAGACGUUGAGAGAGGCUCACGUCGAUGGAGUCCAAUGCGGGUCUGCACAUUUCUCUGCCUCCCAAAUCAGAGAAUUCGCGAAAUCACAGGUGGACUACAUCCUGGGGAAGAAUCCUAUGAACAUGUCAUACAUGGUGGGCUGGGGCUCCAGAUACCCGAGGCGGCUGCACCACCGCGGUGCGUCAAUCCCGUCCAUUCACGUCCACCCUGCCAAGGUGGGCUGCAACGACGGUCUCGCCACGUACUAUUCAUCGACCAAUCCGAACCCGAACACCCAUGUGGGGGCGAUCGUGGGCGGGCCCGACUCGAACGACCGGUUUGGUGAUUUAAGAUCGGACUACUCACACUCGGAGCCCGCGACGUACAUGAACGCGGCCUUUGUUGGGGCGGCUGCUGCUUUGGUUCCUAGAACCUAA